AUGUCUUACCACUUCCUCGAGGCUUGGUUUCCAUCAGCGAACUUCUUGACGACAGCCAGGGUCCAGGGAAAACAAGGCACGGACUACAAGAGCUCUCUAACUUUGUAUGACCUGUCCACGCAAGGUGACGGUGAGGGUAUCGACCUCAACGUCUUCCGCAAGAAGGAGGAAAUGCCCACAGUCGAGGCCGGUGAUGUCGUCGUGGUCUACAUGGCCAAACACCAGAUGUUCGGGGGAAAUUCCUCCCUUCUCACCUCAUAUCGUACCGAUAUACACGUCUACGCGGCCAGGCAGAUUCCCAGAUCGGGCUCAUCUCAGUCUGCGUCGGGCGCCCUCAGAAACCCCUCCCGCCAUGUCAGCCGAAAGCCCGGAGACAAGGAGCAUGAGUAUGUCACAUGGCUGUAUGACACCAUAGACAAGCAGUACAUCCCUGACCGAGAGGACUUUUCCGCCCGAGCCGAGCUCUCCAAGAAUGUUAGAGACCGUUUCAGCGUACUGGCCGACGUCCAAGACCGCAUGUUCGCCGACCUCAUCGUGCAGGUCGUCCGAAACCCAUUUGAUCUGGGUGACAAGGUAUCUCUGUGGGCCUCUGACUGGACCGAGAACGCAAGCUUCUUCCACAAGACAGACGACAGCCCAGACUGGACUGAUGGCAUGCCCGUGCGCGAUGGCGACCCAUAUGGCUACACCAGCAAGUUCAAGAAACCGACAGAGCCUGGAGACACCGACGGCAAAUGGUAUGGGCCCCUCGGUAAGCUGUCUAUACAGCUCACAUGUUGGGAGCCUCACGCCGACUUCAUCCGAGACCAAGUCGAAAUCGGCACCUGGGUUUACCUACAAAAAGUUCAAAUUGGGUACGGCCACAAUUCUACAAACCUCGAGGGCUUCCUUCGCGGGGAAAGAGAGUAUUCGAACUUCUCAGACAAAAUUAAGGUACAAAUCUUAGACCCCCAGGCCGACAGCGAGAAAAUAGACCCUCGCCUUCGUGACGCCAUCAGGAGGAAGCGGGAUUACGAAAAAGGAAGGGACCAUCCCAAGGGUGGGCAAAAGAGGAAGGCCGAGGAGUCUUUGCCAAAGGACAACAGCAAGACCAGACGGGCAGCAAAGCGCGCCGUAAAUCCAAAGCGCGCCGCAAAACAGAAGGCAAUCGAGGAGGUGGAGGCAAAGGAGAGCAAGGAGCAAUUCAUCCCCGACUUGAAUGAUCUGAUCAAAUGCGAGAACCCUGACGCUAAACCUAGGCCUCUCUCUUCUAUACUCGAGCCAGUCGUCUUCCACACAACCAUCGCCAACGAGCCCGUAUCCCUCGAGCUCCCCUUCACCUGCGCCAAGGACCGCACCCACGCCCGCGUCGUGGACUUCCACCCGGCCAGCCUCGAGGACUUUGCCGUCAGCCGGCGGCGCACCGACAACGACUGCCUGUCUGACAACAGCGCAGACGACAUCGACCCGGACUCGGACCCGGACGACAACACCCGGCGCAGCGGCCGCAACCGCGUCUGGGAGUGGCGCUUCGCCCUCAAGCUCGAGGAGGCCCAGCCGCCGGCCCUCGCCAGGAAGGACAAGAGGCCCGCCACCGUCUGGGUCCACGUCGGGAACCCCGAGGCCCAGCUGCUCACGGACAUCGACGCGCGGGACCUGUCCGCCGCAGACGGGGAGGAGCACCUGGGCAGGCUUCGCGAGCAGAUGUUCAAGCUCUGGGGCGACCUCGAGGAGCGCAAGGUCGACCUCGAGGCGCGCAAGAUGGAGCUCAAGGACAGGAUCCUCCGGAAGAUGCCGCCGCCCAGCUCUGGCGGGGGCGGGGGCGAGGUGGAAGAGGAGGCUGCUGGGCAUAGCCUGGACCUCGGCCAGGUCUCAAACAAACCGUUUGCGUGCUGUAUACAGCAGUACGGUGUCAAGGUGGAGGCCGAAGAGGGCGAGGAGGACAACACCGGCGAGGGCAAGAGGUGGCAAAGGGUGUUUGGGCUCUUCGGGACCAAGAUCGCCAGCGAUUAG